AUAUAUAUAUAUAUAUAGAAAAGAUAUAUACAUGGAAACAUAACUUCAAACUUGAGCAUCUUAGUUCUUUGUCUGUAACAGAUGUCCAAGCUUGAACCUCCUAGAUAUGUCAAAAUCCUCUUCGACCAAUACUCGCAGAAUGGCAUCAUGGCCCUCAACGACCUGCACAAGUUUCUUAUGGAAUUUCAAGGACACGAACAAGCCACCAAGGAUGAUGCUCAUGCCAUCUUCAACAGCCUCAAGUAUCUUAACAUCUUCCAAAGAAAGGGUCUCCAUCUGGAAGCGUUCCUCCGAUAUCUUAUGAGCGAUCUCAAUGCUGCUCUCUGUCCAUCUAGUGGGGUUCACCAAGACAUGAAAGCCCCACUGGCUCAUUAUUUCAUGUUCACAGGCCAUAACUCCUACUUGACUGGAAACCAACUUAGCAGUGACAGCAGUGUUGAACCCAUUAUAAAUGCUCUACGAAACGGUGUGAGAGUAAUUGAAUUGGAUUUGUGGCCGAAUUCCAAGAAAGACAAUGUGGAAGUCCGCCAUGGAGGGACACUCACUUCUCCAGUGGAACUCAUCAAAUGUUUACAUGCCAUUAAAGACAAUGCCUUCCAUGCAUCUGAAUAUCCUGUUGUAAUAACUUUUGAGGACCAUCUAACUCCAGAUCUUCAGUCCAAGGUAGCCAAGAUGGUCACUAAAACAUUUGGAAAGAUGUUGUUCUGUCCUGAAUCAGAUCAAAUGAAGGAAUUUCCUUCUCCAGAAUCAUUGAAGAAAAGAGUAAUGAUUUCCACUAAACCACCAAAAGAGUAUGUUGAAACUCAGAAUAGCAAGGAAAAAGACACUCGACAAAAGUCUAGAAAAUCAUCAAAGAAAGAGCAUUGGGAGGAUGAGAAGGCAGCUUCCACAAUUGAAAUUGAAAUUGAAACUGAAACUGAUGACAAGGACCAGCUAGUUCAGAUAGAACACAUUCCAGAUGAAGAAGAAGAGAUUGAAUACAGGAAUUUAAUUGCCAUUCAUGCAGGGAAGCUUAAAGGUCCACUAGAAAACUGGCUGAGCAUUGAUUCAAACAAAGUUGCACGUCUCAGCAUGAGCGAGCAAGAAGUUGAAAAUGCUACUAGAACAAAUGGAACCGACAUUGUCAGGUUCACUCAGCGGAAUUUGCUGCGGGUAUACCCCAAGGGUCUUCGCCUUGAUUCCUCUAAUUACAAUCCUUUUGUUGGUUGGACUCAUGGAUCUCAAAUGGUUGCGUUUAAUAUGCAGGGCUAUGGGAAACAUCUCUGGGUCAUGCAUGGGAUGUUUAAAGCCAAUGGUCGCUGUGGUUAUGUGAAAAAACCUGAUUUCUUAUUGCAACUUGACCAAAACAAUAUGGUUUUUGACCCCUCCAAGCAAUUACCUGUAAAAAUAAAUUUGAAGGUGAAAGUCUUAAUGGGGGAAGGGUGGGAUUUGGAUUUUCACCGAACCCAUUUUGAUCUAUAUUCUCCACCUGACUUCUUUGUCAAACUUGCAGUUGCUGGAGUCCCAGGUGAUAAAGCUAAGCGGAAAACAGGAGUAAUAAAAAAUGACUGGCUACCGGAUUGGAAUGAGGAGUUCGAAUUCUCCCUGACAGUUCCUGAAUUGGCUGUGCUCAGAAUUGAAGUAUUUGAGUAUGACGCAUCAGGAAAACAUGACUUUGCAGGUCAAACAUGUUAUCCUAUAUCAGAGUUACGAACUGGGAUUCGAGCAGUUCCAUUACAUAAUCGUAGAGGAGAAUUAUGCAAGAAUGCAAGGCUACUUAUGCAAUUUAAAUUCGCAUGCAAAGCUCCUAAUGCAAUAUGAAUUCGCAUGAUCCUAAUGUAUUGAAAUUUACUAUGCUAUUACUGAAUGUUGCUUACAUACCAGUAUACCAUUCACGCUGCA